GUGAGCCCCACAGCCCAGUGUGCCCAGGCGCUGCUGAAGAUGACCUACUGCUCCCACUGCCGGGGCCUCGUGACUGUGAAACCGUGUUACAACUACUGCUCAAACAUCAUGAGAGGCUGUUUGGCCAACCAAGGGGACCUCGAUUUCGAGUGGAACAAUUUCAUAGAUGCCAUGCUCAUGGUGGCGGAGAGGCUCGAGGGUCCAUUCAACAUUGAGUCGGUCAUGGACCCCAUCGAUGUGAAGAUUUCUGAUGCUAUCAUGAACAUGCAGGAUAACAGUGUGCAAGUGUCCCAGAAGGUUUUCCAGGGAUGUGGGCCCCCCAGGCCCCUCCCAGCCGGACGGCUUUCUCGCUCCAUCUCUGAAAGCGCCUUGAGUGCUCGCUUCAGACCGCACCACCCAGAGCAGCGCCCAACCACAGCAGCUGGCACUAGCUUGGACCGACUGGUUACUGAUGUCAAAGAGAAACUGAAACAGGCCAAGAAGUUCUGGUCAUCCCUCCCCAGCAGUGUUUGCAACGAUGAGAGGAUGGCGGCAGGAAACGGCAAUGAAGAUGACUGCUGGAACGGCAAAGGCAAAAGCAGGUACCUGUUUGCAGUGACAGGAAAUGGACUGGCCAACCAGGGCAAUAACCCAGAGGUCCAGGUGGACACCAGCAAACCAGACAUACUGAUCCUCCGCCAAAUCAUGGCCCUUCGGGUGAUGACCAGUAAAAUGAAGAACGCUUACAAUGGGAAUGACGUGGACUUCUUUGACAUCAGUGAUGAAAGUAGUGGAGAAGGAAGUGGAAGUGGGUGUGAGUAUCAGCAGUGCCCUUCGGAGCUGGAGUACAACGCCACUGACCACGCCGGGAAGAGCGCCAAUGAUAAAGCCGACAGUGCUGGCGCCCGUGCUGGGGCACAGCCCUGCCUCCUCACUGUCCUCUGCGUCGUGUUUCUGCUUAUGCAGAGAGAGUGGAGAUAAUUCUCACACUCUGAGAAAAAGUGUUCAGCAGAAAGUUAAAAGGCACCGGUUAUCACUUUUAUACCAUCCUAGUGACUUCGCUUUUUAAAACGAAUGGACACCAAUGUACAGUUUUUCCUCUGCGGCCACUGGUUUAAACGAUGUUGACUUUGUUUUCUCCCUCUGUUUGAGGGGCAGGAGGGACUCGUGCAUUGCACUGGUUCCCGCUCCUCAGAUUCAUGGUAAACGUGGCUAACGUGUAGGUGCAGAGCUGUAGUUAGCUGAGCAGUUGUGAUUCUUUCACUAUUGUUUGUUCGUUUGUUUUUUCUCAUUUUGUUUGUGGGUUGUUUUUUUUUCAAAUUAUGAUCUCACCUUGUUUCUUACAAGAAAACCAGGGUCCUUUCUUGGCAUGUAACAUGUACGUAUUUCUGAAAUAUUAAAUAGCUGUACAGAAGCAGGUUUUAUUUAUCAUGUUAUCUUAUUAAAAGAAAAAGCCCAACAAGCCGCAAAAUUUCCAUUGUUCCCUGUUAUUUUAGCUGCCUUAUCUGGACAGAAGUGGAAGUGAUUUGGGGUUUUUGUUUUAUUAUUCCUAGCUUAGGACAGAAUGUGGAAAGCACAGGUAGGCUUCUGAGCCACUUGUCGGGUUGUACUUGAACAUCAUCAACACAAGAGGCUGAUGGUUGGAAGAGACUGCAGACUCCCCAUUUUGGUUGAGAUGAAUCACACAAGCUAAGGUCACAUGUAUGUCCAUUUCCUAAACCAUCUAAAAAAAUUCUUCAUAUAUUCUCCCUUGAAAGACAAAAAGCAUUCAGGGUAUCCCAGUUAUCAUGUGUUCAUACUUAGGUUUGAGGGUGUUCUUUAAAACCAGGCAAGUUAGAAAGCCACUGUGUACCAGUUUUCAUAUCCACACUGACCCUUUAUGAAUUUUUAUCCCAAUGGCUGCAAUCAGUGACCAACAAUCUCAUUUGGUUCCCCUUGGCAGAGUGAGCCGGAUUUGAAACCCAGCCAUAUAAGGCAGUUGUCUGGGAGCUAGCCAGACUUGGGGUACAGCCUGGGCUCAGGGAAUAACUGUCAACACUCGAGCAGAGUUUUCAUCUGUGCACGUGUAUUUGCAUUGUUUUUGGAUCCCAGUUUUUUUAAGAGCGUAAGCUGUCUAAUUUGAGUCUUUUUGUUGCUCGGCCCGCCUCUGCUUAGUCAAGUGAAGGACUUGGAAUGGUUUACAGCUGUGUGCUACCUGUACCAGCCAAGCAGUCCACUGGGGGAAGAACAAGGUGUCCAUAUUUCUUCAUGUAUUAUUUUCUUUGGGGGGAGGUGGGACUAGGUAGUGGUGAAAAGACUUCACAUCCAAUUGGUGACCCUUAACCACAUGGGUGAACUGGCAAAGGUAAUAUCUGUUGUCCCUGGCCAAAGACUGGCCCUUUAGGAGCCCUUUCCUUGUGCUCUUACAAAAUGACACCUCAUAAAACUAGGAGAAUGUAACAUCACUCUGAAGGGGGUUCCCAAGUCUUCAGAAAUGCUAAAGUUCUGCAAGUCUCUUCCUGCUCUAGACAGCCAAUAAGAUCCCAACCAAUUCAACAGAACCAAAAGCCCACAGAGAGGUUGUUGUGUUAUUGUUCAAUCUUCAGUUGUAAAAGUAAUGCUCUAUUUUUAUAUUGAAACAUGAUUACUUGAUAGCUCAGGGUCUACAUUUCAUUCAACUUUUUAACACCAAAAUCUGCAGAAUGGUCAAAGAGAAAUAUUGGGGGCUGUUGUAAACAGAGGCUUAAUUUUAUUAGAAGUAGCCAGUUAUUUAUUAAAGCAUGAUGUUAAUAAAAUAGGCAUAUUCUG